ACAAGUCCAAAGAGACGUGGCCUAUGAGUCUGAGUUCAGCUCUGCUUCUGAAGUGCUCUUCCCCCAUCAACACCAGGGACCGAACAACAUGGAGGAUCAAAUAUUUAGUAAGUGCCUACGUGAAGAGAGCGACGCCACUGGUCUGAAGGAAGAUGUGGAGGAAAUCCCUGUACCUGAGGAGAGGGAGACAUGUGACAUGAAAGAGGAAGAUGCCACUCUACAUGAGGGGAGAGAGACUCGUGAGAUGAAAGACAAGAAGGAGAAAGUCACUCUAUCCGACAGGAAGACUUGUGAAAUGAAGGAUGGGGAAGAAGCCAUAUCCUCUGAAUCUAAUGAAAAAGCAGAGGCCUGUGAAUCAGUGGAAGAGGAAGAACCAAUAAGGAUGUUUCCCCCUCCAACCGCCAUUACACCUCACUCCAUGUUUCCCCCUCCAACCGCCAUUACACCUCACAGUGUGUUUCCCCCUCCAACCGCCAUUACACCUCACAGCGUGUUUCCCCCUCCGAAUGGACAAACUGUAUUUUCCCCUCCAGGAGGGUAUUUAUUCUGAUAUGCUUUCUCAUGCCUCAGCUUCUUGUGGCAUUUACUAAUUCAAGUUAAAAGCAAAACUAAAUUCAAUCAGAACUGUAUGGUCUAUAU